GGCGGACUCAAAUGAAACAACUUCUCUGAUUUCGAAGAGAUUUUUUCCCCUCCAUUUUAGUGACUCUUUAAUCAUUCCAAGGCCGUGGUUUGCAGAGAUAGAGUGAUCUGAAAAGAUGGUGGAGGAAAAGUGUACAAUCGCAAAAGAUGUUACUGAAUUAAUAGGUAAAACUCCGUUGGUAUAUCUCAACAACAUUACCGAUGGCUGUGUAGCCCGAAUUGCUGCCAAGCUUGAGAUGAUGGAGCCCUGCUCCAGUGUUAAAGACAGGAUCGGGUAUAGUAUGAUCACAGAUGCAGAGGAGAAAGGCCUUAUCAGACCGGGGGAGACUGUGCUUAUUGAGCCGACUAGUGGCAACACUGGUAUUGGAUUGGCCUUCAUGGCAGCAGCUAAGGGUUACAAGCUUAUCAUCACCAUGCCUGCUUCAAUGAGUCUUGAAAGAAGGAUCAUUCUCCGAGCUUUUGGAGCUGAGGUGUUCCUCACAGAUCCAGCUAAGGGCGUCAAAGGAGCUGUUCAGAAGGCUGAGGAGAUAUUAGCUAAGACACCAAAUGCUUAUAUUCUUCAGCAGUUUGAAAAUCCUGCCAACCCAAAGAUUCAUUACGAGACCACUGGACCUGAGAUCUGGAAAGGUACAGCUGGGAAGGUUGAUGCCUUUAUUUCUGGGAUAGGAACUGGAGGCACAAUAACAGGUGCAGGGAAAUUCCUCAAAGAGAAAAAUCCUGAUAUUAAGCUGUAUGGUGUAGAACCAGUUGAAAGUGCAGUUCUUUCUGGAGGAAAACCUGGUCCACACAAGAUACAAGGAAUUGGUGCUGGUUUUAUUCCUGCUGUUUUGGAGGUUGAUCUUAUUGAUGAAGUUAUUCAAAUAUCAAGUGAUGAAGCUAUUGAAACUGCAAAGCUUCUUGCACUGAAAGAAGGUUUAUUGACUGGAAUAUCAUCAGGUGCGGCAGCUGCUGCUGCACUUAAAAUUGCAAAGAGGCCAGAGAAUGCUGGCAAGCUCAUCGUGGUGAUUUUCCCCAGCUUUGGUGAGCGCUACCUGUCAUCUGUACUGUUCGAAUCCGUGAGAAAGGAGGCAGAAAGCAUGGUUUUUGAGCCAUAAGAUGUCUGAACUUCAGGAAUAUUAUCUUUUUUUCUCGGUUUCCUUCCUGUUCUUUGUGGCUCUUGCGUUAUUUGUCCAAAUAAUUUGAAAGCUUUCUAAUGUUGUACAACAGAAAGCAGUUUAGAUGAACCUUGAAUUGAAAGCAAUAUUUGAUAGUUCAGAGAAAAGUUUGAUCUAUUAAAGUUUAUAAAGGUUGCAUGA